GUCCCCGGCGUCCAGUCUCAGGUUCAAGCACUGAUCAGCGCUUUAGACCGCGGACUCGACUUUCCUGCCAUUCCACCCACCUCCCCUGCCUAUUACACCUAUCAACAGCAAUUGACCAACCUCCAUCAAAAAUACCGUUAUGGCCACCUUCACCAAUCACAUGCCCCUCAGACUUCUCAGCCUCGUCGUUCAUCACUGGUUUCCUCUUUAGCCACUUCUUCAAGCAAUGUGAUGGCUACGACUGUAACACUGACUCUAGGACCUGGCUCUCUUGCUGGAGCGUGUGUACCCAGCAUAUCUUCUGUUGCUGGAAAUGGAACUUUUGGUGCAGGUAGUUCCAGUGGCGGUGGUUUAGAUGAAACCGGUUCAUCAUAUCGAUCUGCUACCGAAACCGUGGCUGUGCUCAGUGUUGGUGCUUGUCCACCACCCAAGCAUGAUCCGAAUGUGAUCGCCAGUCUCGUUAAACACUUCCUGCGGCAUCUCCCUGAACCUGUGUUAACACGUCAACUUGGCCCCACCCUCGAGUCGCUAGCGUCGCGCAGUGAAGUUCCGGUUCCGGUCUGCCUCGCUGAGAUCGCAGCUUGUCUCCAUCAAGGUCCAAAUGCUCUGCCACCUUCACACCGUUUCUUAUUAGCAUGGAUGUUGCAGCACAUGACUCACGUGAUUCAGCACAGUCGAAAUAAUCGAAUGAGUCUUGCGAACCUUUGCAUCGUUCUUUCACCCUGUCUUGGCAUUAGCCACCGACUACUUAGCCUCCUUCUACUUCCCGAUUUAUCAGUUGGCAUCAAUAUUGCUAUUAAACCGGUGAACGAUUCUGCCUCUAUUCAGCUUCCACACUGGCUAUUCCCAGACCCACAGUACAGAUUGCGUAUCUAUACGCCACCACUGCAGCCAUUAGUCGGGCAGACUCAGCUCGAGCUUGAGCUGCCUGAAGAAGCAAGUGAGCUAGAGGAGGAGUUAUCUAAACAAGAAUCUGUGCUCGCGCAUUUGCACGAUCAGAUCGGCCGUGGUGAUACUAGCAGUGAAAAGGAGGAACUAUUAUGGGAGGUGCAACGCCUGGUUACUCAGAUUAAACGGAAGAAGACCGUAGCCGAACUCUAUGAUCCAGAAGCAAUUCAGCAUGAGCUUAAUCGACAACAAGCUCAGCUGGACAGGCUUCACAGGCGUCUUCAGAAGCAGGCUGUUCUUAGUGGUAAGGCUAGUGAGAUCCCCUUCAGUGCUGAGACCGGCCAGCAGCCUUUCCCUUUAGCUGCUACAGUAUCAAGUGUUCUCUCUCCCACCACUGCUUUAACCACCGCUGUUCCUACUGCCUCUACUUCAACAUCAUCUACUACUAGUACCACUUCUUCUAGCACCACUGCAACAAAGCCUAUUUCUAUGGGAACGACUUCCUGCACCACAGUAGCCGUUUCUUCUGAACCAAUUACAAAAGUUACCAACACUCUUUCUUCCUCCCCUAAUCCUGCGAUUUCUACCACCAGUGGUUAUUCCUCUUCUGGUCUUUCUUUUCCAAGAAGUGAAACCUUAAUGACCAAUGCUGCACCAGCAUGCACUAAUGCUAUUUCUACCAGUGCUGUUACGACAACCACUGUCUCUGGCUUUGUAACAACGAGCGACGAUGGCAGCACCUCUCUACCAGUAUUUGCAAAUUGA